UUUUUCACAGACUAUGAAGAAAUUGAAGCUGUAAAUGUGUGCUUCAUAUCAGAAAAGUUCCGAACGUUAUUAUUUAAAUUAAUCUAAGCACUGACAUACCUUCUUUCUAUGCAUUUUUCUAAAAUGGAUGCUGAAACUUGGAUUCGUAGAAAAAAUAAUAUGAACCGUAGAAGAUUCGCAGAUGUUCACUUGGAUGUGUUUGAUGUAUUGCCAGCUGACAGGUUGACGUUUUACUUGGACGGUUUGCGCGAGAUGUCAGCAAGGCGAAUACAAACGGCUUGGAGAGGUUACAGAACCAGACGGAAGUUCGCAGAGGUGCGAGGUGAACGUAGAAGAGAAAAGGCAGCUGUGGCCAUACAGAGGAGGGUGCGUCACUGGUUGCAUACUCGGGCCGAGGCGCAGAAUUGUAUAUCAAGUCGCACAGUAAGCAAAAUCAGUGAGGAAAGGCUGCAGAAGCUACAGCAGGAAGUGAGCAGGUGGCAGGACACCCAUGACAACGUCAAGUUUCCAGGAAUGAAGCAAAUGGUUGACUUGCAUUUCCAAGUGCAAAAUAGGCUGACAAGUUUCUACUGGCGUUUCAAUGAGGGAAGCAUUCGGCAGCAACGUCACGAAGCAAGAUGUGCACAGCUCGAAGCCUUGUGCACGUUGAGUGAGUUGCCAGCACUGUCACAGAGUGAAAAUAUGGAUAUCAGCUGGUACCACUGUCCGUCUCUUCCGUUUGCUACUGCGGCACGGCUUGCUCACAAGCGGCAGUUGCGAUCUCCCAGCGCUGUCUGGUGGCGUAAGCUGAUGUCAUAGCUGUGCUCCUUAUUGUGACGUGAGUCGCACGUUAAGAAGUACUUAAUACAUAUAUUUAGUUAUGUAUGAGGGCUGAUAAACAAUUUCUCUACUGACAGCAGGUCAACAGAUUUCUUUUGCUGGAUGAACACGAUUUACUGUUAUUUGAAGUCGGUAAAAUCUGUCGUGCAUCUUGAAAUACUCGUAAACACUUUAUCUUUUCCAAGAAAGUAGCCAAGUUUGUACAAAAAUUGUUCUGCUUUUAGGGAGGACGCAGUGAGAGCAGAUCAAAUAUUCAUGUGAUGUCCAAAGUUUAGAAUUGUAGAUAGAAUUGUUUCCCGCAGGGACAAAGUAUCAAUCAGUAUUCCUCCAAAGAUGCGGAUGACGUGUUGCCAGAAACGGCAUGGGAUGCCUGUGGUCCUCUUUAUUCACAUUAAAUUAUCGCAUCAAAGAGUAAUCACAAUCUUCGUCAGUAGGAGUUCAAAACGUGGGACUUACACGUAGGUGAUUCAAAGGUCAUCAGAAUCCCUGAUCUCAUUAAGUUAGUAUGGAUGGAGAUCUUCUGGUCGUUGCACCUUGCAGGAGGGAAGACUGCGUCUAGUUGGCUACACUCAGAUUUUGUGCCAGAGCAGUACCGUUCAAGCAGUACGAAGAGCAGGGCUGUGUAGGGAUGCAGAUGCUGAGUUGGAAGAGUGCUGUGAGCGAUGUCAUUGAAAAUAUUUCUUUUUGGGUUUCAUAUAUUGCCAAGUAAUUCAUCUAUACUUUACAAAUUAUGUUUUAUUUAGGGUGUGGUUAGUUCCAGUGUGACUUUAGAUGUGUAGUUAUGGCAUGCAUUUGUGGCAGUACACCCCUGCUCUGGCUGUAUGCCACCAUUUUGGUGUAACUUUCUGCCUUAAGAUGGAGGCGGAUGAGUGUGGACCAGAGAGGUGAUAAUUUUGAGGAGUUCUUUGUAAAAUUACAAAAUAAAGUUCACUUAAAGUAGC